UUGUGAUUGGCCGAGCUUCACCGUCCCUCAAAACAGAACAUCGUUAGCUAGUCGGAGUGAGGGGAACAGGUUGAAGAGAGCCGGAGGAGGCUUGUUUAUUCAAAUAACGUUGGUUGCAGAUUGUAACCGGACCCAACACACAAGCUGGAAGGGCUCAGCGCAGCGUGGGUACCCAGGGAUCCACUGCCUGAGUGUGGGGAGAGCAGAGGUCGAGACCCCAGAGACAUGAACCACACCAAGGGCGGCCUGGUCAUCUUCACCGCCAACUCGCACCCCUCCAGCCGCGAGCUGGGCAAGAGAAUCGCAGAGCGGUUAGGGGUGGAGCUUGGUAAGGUGCAGGUGUACCAGGAGGCUAACAGAGAAACACGGGUGCAGAUCCAAGAGUCGGUGCGAGGCAAAGAUGUCUUUGUGAUCCAGACAGUGUCCAAGGAUGUGAACACCACCAUAAUGGAGAUGCUGAUCAUGGUGUACGCAUGCAGGACGUCCUGCGCCAGGAGCAUCACAGGCGUCCUCCCCUACUUCCCCUACAGCAAGCAGUGUAAGAUGAGGAAGAGGGGCUCCAUCGUCUCCAAGCUCAUCGCCUCCAUGAUGUGUAAAGCCGGUCUCACCCACCUGAUCACCAUGGACCUCCAUCAGAAAGAGAUUCAAGGCUUCUUCAACAUUCCAGUGGACAAUCUGAGAGCCUCCCCCUUCCUGCUGCAGUACAUACAGGAAGAGAUCCCUGACUACAGGAACGCUGUGAUUGUGGCCAAAUCUCCAGCCUCUGCCAAAAGGGCUCAGUCAUUCGCCGAGCGGCUGCGUCUGGGUAUCGCGGUGAUCCACGGUGAAGCUCAGGACGCCGAGUCAGACCAGGUAGACGGGCGACACUCCCCACCCACCGUCAAGACCACCGGAGCCAUUCACCCCAGCAUGGAGAUACCAUUGUUGAUCCCUAAAGAGAAGCCUCCCAUCACUGUGGUCGGAGAUGUAGGAGGACGCAUCGCCAUCAUAGUGGACGACAUCAUCGAUGAUGUCGACAGCUUUGUGGCAGCAGCAGAGACACUGAAGGAAAGAGGAGCCUACAAGAUAUUCGUCAUGGCGACGCACGGCAUCCUCUCCUGUGACGCCCCGAGGUUCAUCGAGGAGUCAGCCAUCGAUGAGGUGGUGGUGACCAACACCAUCCCCCACGAGCUGCAGAAGCUGCAGUGUCCAAAGAUCAAGACGGUCGACAUCAGCAUGAUCCUGUCGGAGGCCAUCCGCCGCAUCCACAACGGAGAGUCCAUGUCCUACCUGUUUCGCAACAUCGGAGUGGACGACUGAACAGCCCACACACACACACACACACACACACACACACUCAUAUACAUAUCAUUUGCCUUUACACACAUCUCUUCACACCCACACACGCACACAUAGGGGUGAAUGUCAAACACUGAAAUUGUAUCAUAACAUGCAAAUAUAACUGCUAACCCUUUCCUUUGAGUGCAGCUUAACAUAGAUGAUGCCUGAACACAAUUCUACACACUAGUUUUGUUCUGUAGCUCUGACACACACACACACACACACCUGAAUGGAUGUUAAUCAUCUCUAUAGUGGCUGCCCCCUCUUCUCAAACCAAACCUCACUUUUUUAAACUCUCACCUCCAGUCGCCUCUCCAUCGUGUGUGUUUCCAUAGAAAUGAAUGUCGAUGUUAAAUCUUAGUGCGAGAACAAAUCUGUUAGCGUCGAAUGUUCCUUGCAGUACAAUCUUUUAUCGCUAAUAUUCAGAAAGAGUGUCAGUGCCUUCGACAGGACAUGCUCCCAACACACAGGCCUUCAUUACUCCGACACGCAGUCGCGUCUCCACUAACAGAGCUAACUCUUAUCGGCCCUUGUAAUUAACCCAGGAAUAUGCAGGCUCCCGGCUAACGAACUUGUCUAUCAGAGCGUGUGUUUGACCCUCCGUCAGAUCCUUGUUUAUUAAUGUAGUGUGUGAAUGUGCUGCUAAUCUAGUUAGUAUAGAGUCCUACCAGCUAGCCAUUUGUCUGCGUGGUUGCCAUAGCACUUAGCUGCUAAUCUGGUGUCAAAUGUACUAAUUGCUAAACAGAACUGGAAUUCAGGCAGGAAAUCUUUUCUCAGUCUGGUUAAUUGGAUGUUUGAAACAUUACAUGGCAGCGCACUCGUUAAAUUCUGUCUUCAUGAGUCACCCAUACGAACGUUGUGCCAUGGUCUCAAUGCCUGCUCAUCUUUUCUAUUUGUUCACGCCACAGAGCGGUCGUCCUCCAGCCGGAGGCGCUGCCACUCACAAAGAAACUGUUGUAAAGCUGCCAGGUCCACAUUUAAAGUCGCUGCAGUGUCACUCUGGUCAGAAGUGGAAAGUUAUUCUUAAUCAUUUGGAAAAUGAAUUCUUGAUCCUGAGAUCAUCACGAGAGACUGAAGUUAAACACAUUCUACCUGAGUUAAAAAGACAAAAAACACACACUCGUUCCAAACUGCAGCUACAGCUGGAGGAGUCUAUUGAAACUUUUUCUGAUGAGCAAAACUUGACUGAAGCAGGUCUUUGUCACUUUACCAGAUGUGUUCCAAAAAUGUUUUGUAUUUAUUUUCUGCACUUAAUAUGAAUAAAUAUGACCUUUAAAGGUAAA